AUGUUUCCCGGUUGCAACAUGUUUAGAAGCACCACAAUCUACCAAAGGGUUGACCCUAUGCCUUACGUUUCCAUCCCAACUCUACACGCACCCACCACGAGACUCACUUUCCCUUCUCCUUCUUCCCCUUUUCUUUUCAGGCACAAGCCCGUUUCCCUCUUCACUUCAUCUUCCUCCUUUUUCUCUUUCACUUCCCCUCCACGAUCCACCAUGCUGCACUGCGACCCUCUUGUCUCUGACAUCUUCGCCACUGCCAUUUCUGGCGUUGCCGCUUUGUCCUUCCUCAAAUUGUGGCAAGAAACCGCCGAACGAGGCAUCUUUGACCAGAAAUUAAAUAGGAAACUUGUACAUAUAAGCAUUGGGCUGAUAUUCAUGCUCUGCUGGCCACUAUUCAGUACUGAGAAUACGGCUUCCUUCUUUGCUGCUUUAAUUCCGGGAGUCAAUAUAAUUCGGAUGCUUGUUACUGGACUUGGAAUAAUGAAAGAUGAGGCCACAGUGAAAUCAAUGAGUAGAUUCGGAGAUUACAGGGAACUUCUUAAAGGACCACUGUAUUAUGCUGCCACUAUUACUUUGGCAUCCAUAGUAUACUGGAGAACUUCACCUAUCUCAAUUGCUGCAAUAUGUAAUCUGUGUGCAGGAGAUGGCAUGGCUGAUAUUGUUGGAAGGAGAUUUGGCCGUGGAAAGAUACCUUACAACAAAGAAAAGUCCUACGCGGGCUCAAUAGCAAUGGCAUCUGCUGGAUUCUUGGCUUCUACAGCGUAUAUGUGGUAUUUUUCCUCCUUUGGGUAUAUUGAGGGAAGCUGGAAUUUGGUUCUGCGUUUUCUGUUAGUGUCUACUGUCACAGCAUUUGUGGAGUCCCUACCUAUCAGCACAGAGUUUGAUGACAACCUCACAGUUCCCCUCACUUCCAUAUUGUUGGGCCGUGUCAUUUUCUGA